AUGAAGCUGCGAUAUUAUCGCCACGUCCGAGACUUCGAUUUCCGGAUACCAGAGACUAUAUUUGACAAGGAUCCAGUAAGCCUUAUCUUUCUCAUUAUUAAUUUGGUGGAUUUCUGUCUCUUUUAUGUGUUGCGUGAGCUUCAUCCUGAUUCCCCGCUUCUAAUGUAUUUUCUAUGGAUUCCGUUACAAAUUCUUAUCACCUACGAUGCAAUCAACUUUACUAUCCAGUGCACUCGGUAUCACAUACGGUUUUUGACGUGGUAUUAUAUUAUGUGGACUGUCUCUAGGAUUUCCGCUGUGGUUUCAGUUAUAGUGGUGCCCUUCAUUCUCAGGGCUGGGGUAAGCCAAUUAUACCACUAUCACAUGGGCAGUUUCAGCAUAUAUCGAGGGCUGCUUCCCAGUCUCGGUCCAAUCUUUCGCAUGAAGGAGAGUCAUACCCGUUGGGUUAAGGAAUAUUAUAUCCCCGACUUUGUCAAGUCCAUAAUCCGCAUAUCGUACUCAGUCGUUGCCUUCAUAUUUUGCUAUGCUGGGCUUUUCCAAAUUUUCAACUUUCCCCUUGGGACGUUCUCAAUAAGCACAAUUGAUGCAGUUUAUUAUACUAUGGUUAGCAUUGCCAGCAUAGGCUACGGUGACAUCUAUCCGACAAAUAACUUUUCAAAGGUGGUGCUCUGUCUCUACAUAAUAGCCUUCCUGGGAAACCUGCCUAUCUUUGUUAGGAAUAGCACAGAAGAGCUGCACGUUACUCGGCUACUACACAAACUAAGGUCAGCCUGCAAAAAUGGAAUUACUAUUAUUUCCGAUCAAAACAUAUCGUUUGUCUUUCUCCUCAGGCUUAUCUUGCCGGCAAAUAUUCACAUUGGCCUGAUAGACGUCACUGAAGACGAGAAUCCUCACUUACGCAACACCUGCUACAGCUUCAAUAACGUAGGCUACAUCAAUCUGAACACGUGCGGGGAGAAUACAGCAAGGCGGGCGCUAGACUAUGAAUUCCUGGUCAACAGCCUGGUGGGUAGAAGCAGAAAGAUUGUCGUGCUGUCUCCAGUGUCAUCUUCAACCAUGGCGGACAGCACCUGUCUGGCUAUGGCACUCAAUUGUGGCAGAGUUGCAAAAGUGGAUACACAGUUAAUUGUGAUGACCCGGGAGGGUGGACGUUCCCAGACACUGCAGUCACACAUUGGCGCCUACCACGAGAAUUGCUACAUAGUGGAUAUGACCGACUUUAGUGCAAAGAUACUUGUUUUGGCGAUACUGUUCCCGGGGUUUGCUACCUUCUUCUUCAACAUCAUGCUCCCCCCUCAUGUCUCUUUACAUAAACUUGAGAAUCGAACGGCAGAUUUCUAUAAUGAAAGAGUAAGGAGAGUGAGAAUCCGCACGCGUCUCCUUUUGGCAAACGCACGAGCAAAGGGUAAGAAGCAUCAAAGUGGUAGACGAUCCAAGCUAUACUGCAAGUCCAGAUCAGACGAUGUUUUCCCGUCCAGCUCUCUACCUGGCAUGCAGGGGCUUGAGUUCAAUAAUAGUGCACAGAAUACGCUCGAUGCAAACCAGCACAUGUACUCUUCUCAUGUGCGCUUCACGGAUCUGAAAAAGCGAUAUACCAUGGACCUGUCUAGCAGCUCGACCAUGUCCUUGUACAAGGAGUACUAUCCAUGGGGAGUCAAUAAUAAAGAUAGUGAUGUGCAGGAUAAAAAGUCGUAUGUUCCGAAGGCGUACUCAAUAGCUGCACUUAGAGACAAACCAACUGGCCUUGUGAAGAGCCCCUCGUUGCCAGAAAUUCCAUAUGACAACAACGCAAUCGCUAUAGCAGUCUCGACACCCAAUCUUGGCACCGUUCUCCCCGUGCCCAUCACCCUGGAGACCAUGCAAACAGCCUGUGCUGACUAUUUCGGUAAAGAGAGCCAGCAACAGAGCACAUCUUUCUCUAAUGUGUCGUCUGUUCCAUCUAUUGAUAAUAUAGCUGCCCUAGAGACUCGCUACUCGAGGCGUUCCUUUCAAGCAGGGCGGACAAAGGAGCCCCGUUUACAAUUCGAAGCAGCUCUAACCCAGUUUAUAUCGAAAAUAACCAAGUUCCCCACUCUUGAGUUUCUACGAUCCACCAUUGACAUUCCCGUUUUUGAUUUCCAUCCCGGCCUGGUGCACGACAAUAAGUGGCGUGCAUGGCUUUCCUUUGAGCAAAACAAGCAGGUACACCUAUUUCUUCCUGCCAUGGUCGCUGCCACUGAGCCGCUGGACACAAGCACGACAUUUAGCUCAAAAUCCAAUAACUAUCCAUCUAAAUCAAAGUACUUGCGCAAGAGCUCUAUCGACCUGGAAACUAUGGUGCGCAAUUGUGGGGCGGAUACCACUAGUGACCGCUUCCGACCCCUUGCUGUAAUAAUUAACAAGCGUGUUCUUCAGCGUAAAGAAGAUGAUUGCCUCAACUAUGAGGAUACAUUUGUCAAGAAGUGGCGCUUCACUAAUCAGCUUUUUAAGUUCGACAUUUGCUGCAAUCUGCACGAAGGACUCACGAUGGACAAGCCUGAUCUGCUGGGCAUUACUAAGCGGUUUCCGAUUUAUGAAGUCAAGCACAACAAUGAGCAAAUAUGGAGCAAAACUUCUAAGAUGACAUCCGCAAGUAAGGCCAUAUACUCUCUCAAGCAGCUAUCUGCACACCUCCCCAUUGCUGAGCAACCCAGUGAGUUUCUAGGCGAUAUGUCCAGUAUGCUAUCAUUGUCAAAGAUUGACGAGCUGUCCAUGCAAAGUGCCCAGACCAAUAUCCUUUCACCGCCUACGUUACUGAAUAGAGUCUCUCUGAACGCCAUGUCACGGGCUUACUCUCCUGAUGCAGAGUCUUCAAAACAAAUACCACCUAUAGACAAUUCACUUGAACAAGCGAUAGCUCCGCCAGAAAACCCUGUGAACCCAGUAUCUAAUACCACAGGCCUGAAAAGCAUUCUGGGGAAGAAAAUCUCAACCCUAAUGAGUGAGUACAUUGGGGUACUGAAUCCACAAUUUGACGAUUUUGUAAUAACUAGCACAAUAAUGAAUCAUACACUAUCCUUGGGUGCACUGCAGCAGGUUAAGCUAUCGGCCAGGAACGUCAGCUCACUUGGACUUAUUAUAUUAAAUGACCUAGAUCCAAAGCUUUUUUAUGCAACAAUGUUUAUGCUCAUGGAUCUUCAGAAGAUAGAUAGCAUGGUGCUAGUGUUUGACUGUGUGAGCGACGAGAUGAUAACUAAAUACCGGGGCAUGUUGUACAAAAUGGCAUCUAAAUUGGUUGAGCGUGUACGCUGCUCCAUGCCCAAGAAGCAGACUCUUUGUAGGGCACCAUUCCUUGAGCAAGCAUAUUCUAGCAGGGCUGUGCUGUCCAUGCCGUACCGUCAAGCCUCCGUCGCCCAUGUCAAUCCAACCGCUGAGCACAACCUCGAUUCAUCUGGUACCAUGAAGCUUGACAUGUGCUUCGGAGAUGAACAGAUGAGCUCGUCUCAGGAACACGAGAUAGAUGCUGAGUGUGUGGGACACUCGCAGACUCUGUCACGUGAGCUUUAUGUUGUUAACCAAGAGGAUACGAUCUUGACGUAUGCCUUACCCAGUGAAGACAAGGACGGCUACCUCAGCGAAGGGAAGUCAAAGACUUUCACCAUCAAAAUGUUCGCCAUUGACUCAACAAUCCCCGAAGAAUUGACUGACAUAGGAUUUGCAGAUCUCGACAGGGCCAUGAUCGUGAACCCGCUCGACAACUCGGUGGCAACAGAGGGUCAUCUGCUCCUUACAAAGUCUGCAUGUGAGAUGAUAGGCCAUACGGACGUGAUUGUCUACUCCUUAGACGUAUAUAAUACGCUAAUGCUUCACGAUCUUGGAUUUGGUGACAACUAUCGAUCCGGAUCCUUCAUUCCGAGCAUCGAGGCCAUCCUCACAGGCACAUUUAUUCAGUACUCUGAGAAUGCACUGACGGCGCUAAUGCUUAUGAACAAAAUUUACGCUUACAAAGAUUCCGUCAUUGUCUACCAAGUGUUAUUCGACGAUCGUACACAUACGCAUACAAUAUUUGCCAGUACGCGGGGAGCGAAUACCCUCAACAAUAUCAAGAAUAGACGCUUUUCCCAGCGAGUGUUGACUGUGGAGGCCCUCCAGAGCUUUCUUGGCGGAUGCGGACUGGAGGUCCUCUACUACAGCAUAUGCGGAUGCAUCCUUGUUGCACCGGAGCCUAGCUUGUUUGUCGAGCACAAAGACUUCAUUGUAGCAUAUAGCGUUGAUUUAUUUAAACAAUUUUGA